ACUUCUCUCAGAUGGAAGACAACUGCGGUGUUCAAAGCGGAGCGGCCGGUUAUCCCAGGGUGACGACCUGCUCCUGCAUCAGGCUGCGACCCGAGCUGCCCUUGGCCACUCCCGGGUCCUAGAUGACCCAUGGUAGAGAUCUGAGUCGCAGCGCCACUUACGUGGACCGCACCGGGGUCCGGAGGGCAGCCGGAAACCCCGCCCUUGGGAGGGAGCGGGCGGCCGCGGCCAGGCACCUGGAGGGACCGCCCCAGGGCGGGGACCGGCGCCAUGGACACGCCUCUGGGCGCCGGUCCCGCCACUCUGCGCCUGGCCGCGGCAGCCAGCUGGCAGGUGGUUCGUGGACGUCGCGUCGAGCAUUUUCCACGCGUGCUGGAAUUUCUUCGGAGCCUGCGCGCUGCUGUCCCCGGGUUGGUGCGCUAUCGGCAUCAUGAACGGCUGUGUAUGGGCCUCGGAGCCAAGGUGGUGGUGGAACUGAUCCUGCAGGGUCGACCUUGGAAGCAGGUCCUGAGCGUCCUAAAUGACCACUUUCCGCAGUCUAGGCCUGUGGUGAGGGACCCCAAAGCUACGAAGCAAGAUUUGAGCAAAAUUUUGGAGGCACAAGAAACUUUCUGCCAACAGGUGAAGGAACUGUCAGAGGCACCUGCAGAUCUAGCCUCCAGGUUGCAGGAACUUGGACAAGAGUAUGGGGAGUCCUUUCUGGUGGCCAUGGAGAAGCUGUUCUUUGAAUAUUUGUGUCAGCUGGAGAAGGCGCUACCCCCACUGCAGGCACAGCAGCUUCAGAAUGUACUGACUUGGAUGCAGCCUGGAGUUUCUGUCACCUCAUGUCUUGCCCUGAACCAAUACUGUGCUGACAUGGGGUGGACCCUUCCAGAGUGUUCUGUUGAUUCAGUGAGCCUGCCAGAGCCUGCGGAGCAGAUUCCUCCUCAGCCAAGACCAGCAUCCCACACUCCCCUGCCAAAAGCCAAGCCUGGCCCACCUUCCCCUCCUACACCAGCUUCGAGGCAGCACCCAGAACCCUUAACUGGUUGUCACUUUAACCUGGCCCCUCUGGGCCGGAGAAGAAUCCAAUCCCGAUGGACGUCUACUAGGGGAGGCCAUAAGGAGCGUCCCACCGUCAUGCUGUUCCCAUUUAGGAACCUGGGCCCAGCCACCCAAGUUAUAUCCAAGCCUGGACUGAGGGAAGGAGGUGGGGGUCACACAGAAGAGCCAGCAGGUGCUACAGGCUCAAGCACAGCUUCCAACGCAAAAUGCAAGAGUCCCUCUCACACCCUGGGGAAAAGGGCUCUAGUGGAGGACCUGGCUGACUUCUCUGGCUCUGAGAAGGAGAAUGGCUCGGAUUGCCACAGAGACCCCCUGAGACUAGCACUGUCACCGCCCCAGGCCAAGACAGCAUGUCCUCCAUCUGUGUGCAGCUCUGUCAUUACCAUAGGGGACUUGGUCUUGGAUUCUGAUGAGGAAGAGAGUGCUCAGAGGGAAAAACAAGAGUCUCUGGAAAACUACCAAAAGACAAAGUUUGAUACCUUGAUCCCCACUUUCUGUGAAUACUUCCCCUCUUUGGGUCCAAGUGCUGGGCCCUCCCCUCCAUGUGAUGUGACAGCGCUAGACACCCCCAUGAGCACUGGCAUGUUUUCUGCACCCUGUCCAUCUCCCACUGCCUCAGCUCUGCAAGCCAUUUAGUGGGUAUGAAAUAGAAACCUGGAUUUGGGCAACCCAUCUCCACUGCUAAAAAUACCAUGUAAUGCUUCAUCAUUAAACUUUGGCUUUAUUA